AUGCAUGAUGGAGAAAUUCUUCUCCUUCAUGUCGUUUUACGAACAACAACAACAAACGGUACAUGCGAAGUUCAACAACAACAACAACAACAACAACAACAACAACAACAACAACAACAACAACAACAACAACAACAACAACAACAACAACAACAACAACAACAACAACAACAACAACAACAACAACAACAACAACAACAACAACAACAACAACAACAACAACAACAACAAUGGCGUUAA